UUCCUUCGAUAAAAUUGCCAAAUAAUAAUGAAUCAUUUCAUAAAUAAUGGGUUUAGAAGCUUAUCAGGGCAGGCGGGCCACUGCUGGGGUUUUAUCUCUCUCGGCCACAUUGCAGUAGUGUUCCGCUCUCCAUACUAAAUAGGAAACUGGACGUGAUGUGGAAUUAGAGCCUACCCAGCUGAAGCCACCCAACACUUACUACAAAUAUAGCCGCGAUGCGUAGGCCACAAAAUGGCUCCACUCACUUUUCCCAAUGAAAAGCAAAUGGAUUUAGCAGUUUUAUCCCGAUGCGGGUGUCCUUCCUCUCUGUAAAGUCGUAAGUACCUUGAGGUGGGAGGAGUAAAUUCAGCCUGACACUGAGAGCGCUUUUGUUGAAGCAGGAGAGACUUGCGGUGUCCCUACUUAAAUAUGACACAUGACGAUGGACAGGCCGCCCGCCCCGCCGCCCCCCAGUGACCCCCGCGAUGCCCGCCCCGCCCGGCGGCACGACUCGGAAGCGGAGACCACGAGCGAGCCGGAGAGCAGCCGCGGGGGCAUGGAGGCGCCGGCGGACCCCCAGCUGCUGCUCAACGGGGCGGCCAAGGAGGCGGGCCGGCCCUCCCCCGGGCCCCCCGCCGCCCCUGUGCCCGUCAUCGAGCUGGUGCGCCGGGGGGGCUCCCUGGACAUAAAAAGCCGUGAGGCGGCGGGGGAGGCGAUGCAGAGAGCGCCGGGAGCCGAGCCGUGCCGCGCCGCCGAGGCCGCCUGCGAGGCCCGCAUGGUGCAGCUGAGCCCCCCCGCGCUCCCGCUGCAGCCCCACGGCAGGGCCAUGCUCUACAACCUGGGCCAGCCGCUGGCCACCAUCAACAGCGGGUUUUUCGGCGAACCGGAUUCUUUCUCCAUGUACGGCAGCAACCGGGUGAAGCGGAGACCCUCUCCAUACGAGAUGGAGAUCACCGACGGUCCUCACACGAAAGUGGUUCGUCGCAUUUUCACCAACAGCCGGGAGAGAUGGAGGCAGCAGAACGUCAACGGGGCCUUCGCAGAGCUGCGCAAGCUCAUCCCCACCCACCCGCCUGACAAAAAACUGAGCAAGAACGAGAUUUUGCGCCUGGCUAUGAAAUACAUCAACUUCCUGGCCAAGCUGCUCAACGACCAGGAGGAAGAAGGAAACCAAAGGGGCAAAGUGAACAAAGACUCGGGGAUAGUCCAGGAAGACCUCCUGCAGGACAUGUUGUCUCCCAACUCUAGCUGUGGCAGUUCUUUGGACGGAGCGGCGAGCCCGGACAGCUUCACGGAAGAGCACGAGGCGCUGGAUUCGAAGCACACGCGGAGCCUGCACCACGCCAUCCUCCCCGUAGAAGGCAACGCGCAGCGGUGAUUACCCUCACACUGCUCCCGAGGCGCGCGGGGGAGAGGCCAGGCCUGGCUGUGCCAUUGCUGGAACUUGUGCUUGUGGGAUUUGUGACUCUGCCUUUCCCUGGGAGCUCGGGCUGCCCAUUCUCCCCAGCCUGGGACAGAGAGGCCGGCACGUUGGCUGAGGACAAGACCAACCCAGAUGGACGUUCUGGGUUUAGGUACGUGACCGUACAAAGAAGAAAAGCAUUGAAUUCAUCUUCGUUGUACAGAACUGCUCGGGAUGGGACUCCGCAGAGGGGAAGGAGACGUGGCUGGUGCCUCUCCAGAGUUUAGAGGGUUUGCAGGCCACUUGGUGACCGUCUCUUUUAAAGCAAUCAUCUGGGGGAGACAUGGAACUCCUCUUUCACUGCUGACAGAGGCCAUCGGCGCUUUCCAGCUCCACGUGGUGCUGGAAACUGCUGCAUCACUCCAGCGCUGCAGCACUUCUCCAGCCUGUGGCACAUCCAGCUGGUCUGAGCAGGAGCUUGGCCACGUGUUCCUGUUGUCCGAGAAUUUUUGACUGUAUCUUUUUAAAGAGGUGAAAAAAUACCCUCAGCAAAAGAACUAUUAAAAGGAUUUAGAGUA